AUGAUGCUACUGUCGACGAGUUUCCUGAAAGCUAAACAACAUCAGCAGUCUGCAUUAUCCAUCAGCGCACUGAAUCGCCACAAAAAUAUUACAUUUCCACUAAAAUUACGCCUGCGACGAGCUGCGCCGACGGAGCAAUUAUUCGAAAAUGAUACAGUAGUAAUUGAACUAUGGGCUGAAGAACGUAGUAUUGCCGAUACUAUUACCGCUUUCAAGGAAAAACAUCCUGAUAAGGAAUUCCGACUUUAUGGGUUGCAAAGAAUGGAUGGCGACUUGUUCCGCCUUUUCUUAACAAUUCUGGAUCAGCAUGGUGCACCAAUAAACAAAGAAAACUCCCUAAAAUUGCUGGAACACUUCUUCCGUAAUGGUCCGGAAUUGCUGAAUUUGCAGCUGAAGCAACUUACAGCAGAUACAUGCGCAUUUGCGCAAGAACAUUUUGUUACUGUGAAGACAACGAGCUGUGCCUUAAUGCUAGCAGUGUUGGGGCAUGCCGAAAAAGUAGCGAUUGUCAAAACGGCGGAAUCUGUCAAGCAAAAUCCGGAAAGUGUUUGUGUCCGAACGGUUACAGCGGAAGAUUUUGCGAAACUCUUGGUGGCGGAUGUGCACAAGUAUAUUUUUGUUUAUUACACCGUUUGUAAAUUUUGUGUUUUAUUUUAUUCAUUUUUAGGCAGUAACUCGUGCUAG